UUGAGCCUCGACCCCUUUGCAGCUUUUCGCACCUCUCCGCCGUCCAGUUGGCUUUGCCGCUGCCGCCGAAUCUGAUCACCACCACCACCACAAUCAGCGUCUACCCGCUCAUCCGCAACGGCCCUUCGCAGCGACGAUCCCGAAAACGAGAACAGGAGGGACAGGCAAACCUGCACUCGAGGCUGUGCAUUGGAGGCAAAGGCAGGCAGCUCAGCUGAGAUCUCGUCUGCCGAGCGGCUCCAACCGCCAUGGCCUUCCUUUUCAAAUCCAAGAAGAACCAGGACAGGUCACUCACCAGCCGAGAUGGCCCUCCGAGCUCGCAGUCGUCCUUGCAGGGCGCAACUGCGCGCGUGGCCCGGGAGGAGAAGAGCUCCCACCAGAGGUCGACACCGACAGGCAGUCUGAAUUCGCUGGAUAACGAGGGCAGCAUGGGCAGUCCGGAGAAUCAUGCCUACGGGCGUCCGCGCGGCCAGAGUACGGACCAGACGUCGCAAUCGUCCCCGAAGCAGCAGCCCCAACUGCAGGCGAGUGAUUUACCGUUCCGAAAUAAUGGCCAGAUGGUCACCAACCCCAACGCCUCCCUCUAUCCUUGGUCUCAGCGGAGAAUCACUUACACCUCGUCCCACCCGAGUCCCUUUCCUCGAUACGGCGCCGCGGUCAAUUCGGUCUCCUCCAAAGAAGGCGACAUCUAUGUCAUGGGCGGGUUGAUCAACAGCUCCACAGUCAAGGGCGACUUGUGGCUGAUCGAGGCCGGUGCGAACAUGGCAUGCUACCCGCUUGCGACGACGGCGGAAGGGCCUGGCCCGAGGGUUGGGCAUUCAAGCUUGCUUGUCGGGAAUGCCUUCAUCGUCUACGGAGGUGACACCAAAAUUGACGAGGCGGAUGUGCUUGACGAGACGCUCUACCUGCUGAACACCUCUACACGACAGUGGUCCAGAGCUCUGCCGGCCGGGACCCGGCCAUCUGGCCGGUACGGACAUUCCUUGAACAUCAUCGGUUCUAAGAUCUAUAUCUUUGGUGGCCAGGUCGAGGGCUACUUCAUGAACGAUCUUGCCGCCUUCGAUCUCAAUCAACUGCAGAUGCCGAAUAACAAGUGGGAGAUGCUCAUCUCAAACAGUGACAGUGCUGUUCCGCCACAGGGGAAGACACCCCCCGCCAGAACUAAUCAUUCGGUGGUGACCUACAAUGACAAGAUGUACCUCUUCGGCGGAACCAACGGCUUCCAAUGGUUUAAUGACGUCUGGUGCUACGAUCCCACGACGAACCUCUGGACCCAGCUGGAUUGUAUAGGGUACAUUCCAAUUCCGAGGGAAGGACAUGCGGCUGCGAUUGUCGACGACGUUAUGUAUAUCUUUGGCGGCCGGACAGAGGAAGGCUCGGAUCUCGGAGACCUUGCGGCUUUCCGAAUCUCAUCCCGCCGUUGGUACACGUUCCAGAACAUGGGGCCGUCGCCAUCGCCCCGGUCAGGACACAGCAUGACCGCUGUUGGCAAGGCAGUAGUCGUGGUUGGUGGUGAGCCAAGCUCGGCGGCUACCUCCGUCAGCGACCUCGGGUUGGUUUAUUGUCUCGAUACAAGCAAGAUCCGCUACCCGAACGACUCCCAGGCCAGCUCCAAUUCUCAGAAAGCCCCAGCCGCCCGGCGCCCGGGUGCCAACGAACCCAUGACUCUGAAUGCAACCAGAGCCCUGGCAUUGCGCGACGGCUCUGUAGGUCCACCUGCGGAUUCCAAGCGACUUAUCGGUGCCGCCGCUAGAGAGGGGAGCGGCGUGAAUAGCCCCAAUGGUACGAGAAUCACGAAUGGUGCCGAAGUAAACGGGGUGAACGGGGCACCCAAUCCUUCCGGCUCGAAACUCCCCAGAGUCGCUCCUCCGAUCGGCCCUGCUGGUCCACCGCCACAGGGUCAACCUCCCAGACCGGCGUUGAACACUGUGGUUAGCAGGAGCAGGAACGCCUCCACGGAACGAGGCGACUCUCAACAACGGUCUCCGGUCACGACUAGCCUGACUCAGUCCCCCGUCGUCCAGCAAGGACCCACUACCAAAGGGAACGAGAGCCCUGUGACCAAUGGAACGCGGACGCCAACUCAGCAAGCACAAGCAGCGAGGUCCGUGUCCAAGCCAGCCGAGCCCAUCACAGCAGCCGAUGUGCCAAAACCGAAGCCGUCCAGGCAAGGCCGAUCUCAAGGCUCUGUUGACAGCUCCACGGAACCAGCCCUGAAGACUGUCGUGCAACGACCGUCCUCGCCUCCGCCUCCCACCCGCCAAACCAGCAACCCUCUCUCCAGGAGGUCGUCUGCAAGGAAUUCGCAGACGGUGGCGGUUCUGAAGGAGUUGGAUUCUGCGCGAAAUCGGAAUGCAUGGUACGCAUCGGAACUGGAACUCGCGAGGAAGGCUGGCUACGUCACCAGCGCGUCCCUAAGCCCCGUCCUCGACGGCCGGGGCGCAGAAACCUUUGACGACGACGACAAGCCUUUGAUCGAGGCCCUUCUUGCAAUGCGGUCAGAACUGGCUAAUGUCCAGAGCUCCAUUGACAAGCAAGCAAUACUCGCCGCCAAGCAAAUCGCGGAAGCCGAGAAGCAGCGGGACGCUGCCAUUCACGAGGCGAUAUAUUCGAAGGCCAAGUUGGCAGCGUACGCGGGAAGUGCGGCAAGCACCCCCCAACUGGGCAGUCACAGGGAUAGCGAUGACCACGUCACCAAUAUAAACAGGAAGCUCGCCACGUCGCUCAACACUCAGAAAGAGUUGCAAGCCCAUUUGGACCGCCUGGCCGCGGAGGUGGAGGCGGAGAGGAAGGCACGGAAGCUGGCUGACGACACUUCAAACGCGGCGCAGAAGAGGAUGGCAGACCUGGACGCGUACAAGCAACAGACCUCCCUGGAGGUCGAGCGACUCAAGGCCGAGCUGCACCUAGCGCAGCGCGAAGCCCGGGAACAAGCAGUCCAGGCGGCAGAGGCCGUGGCAGCAGCACAGAUGCUCCGGCUCGAGACGGGCGAGCUCAAGAGCCAAUACGACGACGCCCUAGGAAGCUCGAGAGACAACGGCGAGACAUUUACUUCCCUCCGCGAGGCCAUGGCGGCGUCCGCAGAGAUGAAGACCCUCCUAGAGCGCAAGCUCGAAGAGGAGAAGAGCCAACGGGAGAACGUCGAGUCGAAGUUGGCCAAGCUCAAAUCGGAACACGAGGCCCGCACUGCGGAGCUGGUUGUGGCAACCCAGCGCCUGCGAGAUGCGGAAGAGCUUGCUGAACAGCAUGCCAACGAGGCUAGGUUACACCGGCAGGCCGUCCUAUCAGGUCUAGACAAGAUAUCGACUCGGGACGUCGGCAGAUCCAGUACUGCAGAUUCCGAUCGCGUCAGUGCCCUGCAGGGUCAACUGAACGCUGCCAAUGUCCUGGUCCGGAAAUAUCAACAAGAAGCGGAUAGCGCAUCCGACAAGCUGCGUAGCGCCGAAGAGCGCAUCGCCGGCCUCGAGGCCUACCAGGAGCAGGCGAGCCGCGAGGGCGUCUCGAUCCGGCGCCAACUCCAGAGUGCCCUGAGGGAUACGCAGACGCUUCAAGCCGCAAACUCGGACCUCAAGAACCAGCUUGCCAACCAGCAGCUGGAGACGAACGCCGUGACUGUCCAGCACAACACUCUCAAGGAUAUCCUGGGCGAGCGUGGCAUCUCCCCGACGAGUGCCGCCCGGUCACGCCGUCUUAGCAGCCCGCGUGAAGGUUCGCCAGAGCAAAUGCGCCUCCGCGAACUCGAGCAACGGCUAGCUACCACCGUGGCCGCCCAUGACGAGACCAAGGCCGUAGCUGCCAUGCAGGCCCAAGAAUCCGAGGCCGCCUAUCGUGAUAAGCUUGCCCAGCUCGAGAACGACUAUCAGUCCGCGGUCCACUACGUCAAGGGCACGGAGAAGAUGCUCAAGCAGCUUAAAGAGCAACUGGCGCGGUAUAAGACCGAGAACAGCCGGCUCAAGGAACAGAUCGUGGAGCUCGAAGACAAGGUCGAAGCCGGUUCGAAUCAGGUUGCCGAUUCUACGCCGGCAGAUUGGGAAGGCCAGAGGGAGGCUAUGCAGACCAAGAUCGACUCCCUCCAGGCCGAGCUGCAGGCAUCCGCCGCCAAGCUGGAGAACCAGAUGCAGUCGAUCAGGCAGGAGCUAGCCGAAACCCAACAAGAGCGGGACACGGCCGCUCACAGCAGCGAGGAGGCGACUCGUCUGCUCAGCGGCAGCAGGAAGGAUCUCGAGGAACUACAGCACGAGAACGCGCUCCUAGAGCGCCGGGCCCUGGACGCGGAACAGAAAGUCAGCCUGCUGCUUGAUCAGGUCGAGACCAGCGUCGACACGUACCGUCGGCGGAGCAGGCAAGUGGCGAGCAUGGGUUCGGACAUGAUUGCCGACGCGAGCCCCCCCGUCGGGGGCACCAACGGCGUUAGCCAUGCCAGGCAGGAGUCGAGCGAGGCGGGGAGCCUCUACGGGGGCCUCGGCGACGCGCGGAACAGCACGGCGCUGGACCACCUGGCAAGCGAGCUGGAGACGCUGCGGACGCACUGGGAGGCGACGAGCAAGAACUACCGGAUGAGCAGCACGUUUGACUUCGAAACGGCCGCCGGGCCCGGGGCGAUCGGGGCCAAGAAGGACGCGGGCCCGGGCCUCGGGCUGAGCGAGAGCCUCGCGGACUGGCGGAAGCGGCUCGACGAGGGGGUCAACGACGACGACGAGGGUCACCGCCGGGAAGCCGUCAGAUGAUGAGAGGCGGGAAUUUCCCGGCAUGGUCGACAAAAAGAUGGAAAUGAUAAUGUCUGGUGCACGCUUCCCCCUUCGAGGACUGGAUUCCCCUGUAAAAAUGUAUUAUCGGACGGUAAACACCGCCAAUGUACGGCUUGAUUACGGCUACCCCUCUGAAGAUA